AACACCAUGAAUAAGAUUUUUGCCUGUUUUCUUGGAAACCGCUGCGCCUCAACGACUUCUGUACGAAAUACCACACGCCUUCCCAUCAUUAUAAGAUGCCCUUUUCAGCCCUUUCUUUUUCAUCACUCCCACAUAGAAUUAUCCUUCUUCUUAUCGGAUUUCUCAAUUCAUCUCCUUCACUCUCUCGUCAUUUCUCAAUUUCUUUCCGAACUGAGUACACCAUGCGGAUGAGUUGUAAUGGUUGCAGAAUCCUUCGCAAGGGCUGUGGUGAUAAUUGUAGUAUAAAACCUUGCCUUCAAUGGAUUGAAACUCCCGAUUCCCAAGCCAAUGCCACCCUCUUCCUUGCUAAAUUCUACGGUCGUGCUGGACUCAUGAACCUCAUCAAUGCUUGCCCUCAGCAUCUCCGUCCAGAUACGUUUAAGUCCUUAUUAUACGAGGCAUGUGGGCGGAUUGUGAAUCCAGUUUCGGGAUCAGUCGGGUUGUUAAGCACCGGGUCAUGGCAGCAAUGUCAAGCCGCCGUGGAAGCCGUUCUGAAAGGCGAGCCCAUCACUCAAAUUGCAUCAACUGAUCAGCUUACACUAGGCGGCUCUGAUACGCGCCACGUGUCAAGAGAGGAGGACUGGUCUGCAUCUGAUCAGCCCCGUAAAAUCAAGUCCAAGCGUCAAUUCAAUCGAUCAACUUCAAAGCGGAAGUCGAGCAGGACUGAGGCUGAGCACACAUGUUUCGAGUUCAUGAUUGGAUUUGAUGGCUUGCGGUCAGUGAGUCCUGACUCUGUGUUGAGUUGGCGUCCGACUUUGGGGUCUGACAAUGAGGAAACUGACAGUAUAGGGUCUGUGGAGACUGUAGAGGCUUCUAAGCUUGAUGAGCCAGCCGAAGGAAGUGAUUUGGAUUUAGACUUGACCUUGGGUCAUUAUUGAUCAAGAACAAGGGGAUUAAAGGCGAUGAUUCCUAACUAUGAUGGUUUGGGAGGUCGACACAGUUUUUUUUUUUUUUUCGUGGUGUAAAUACUGAAACACCGGUUGCUCACGGAUGAUGCAUUAAAGUGUACAAAAGAAAGAAGCUAGCUAUAAUAUUAAUUAGUUUGGGAAAUCA